UGGGCACCCACAAACCAAGAACCUACCUAGCUUCUAGCUAGCUACUCCUGUCAUGCGACUAGCCAUGGCGACCUCCCCUCACCUAAAGUUCAUCUCUCUCACUCUCCUUCUGCUAGCGUCGUUUCCCCAUGCCAUGGCGCUGGCGGCACCACCACCAUCCCUCCUGGAAGAACAGGCGAGAGCCCUCCUCGCCUGGAAAGCCACCAUAGAGAGCCCCCCGGCCCAGCUGCGGUCCUGGGGAAACACCACAACACGGCCAUGCGGCUGGUACGGCAUCAGGUGUGGCGAGCAUCAAGCAAGCAUCACCGAGAUCACUCUUCGGGGGCUGCGGCUGAGAGCCAGGCUGGAAGACCUCAACUUCACGGCGUUGCAUACUCUCACGAGCAUCCGACUACCCUACAAUCAGAUAAGAGGCCCCUUUCCACCCGCUUUAGCAUCAUCCUUGCCAAACCUGCGGCACCUGCUGCUCCAGGGGAAUGAACUCUCCGGUGAAUUACCGAGGCAAAUAAAACAACUAGAGAGUCUCGUUGGAUUGGACUUGUCAAACAACCACUUGUCUGGUCCUAUACCCAACGAACUAGGUUACCUAAAGAAGCUCACCAGGUUAGAUUUUUCCACCAACAACCUCACGGGUUCCGUUCCAACAAGCCUAGGGAAUUGCACUAGGCUCACUAUCUUGUACCUUGAUGGUAAUCAGUUAUCCGGAUACCUUCCUCGAGAACUAGGUUACAUGGUGAAACUACAUGAGUUAGCACUUAGCAACAACAAUCUCAUGGGUUCCAUCCCCGAUACCUUUGGGAGUUUGAUUAACCUCACCGGAUUGUACCUAUGGGAUAACCAACUAUCUGGACAUGUUCCUCGACAACUUGGUUCCUUGGUGAAUCUGAAAGACUUGGAACUUUCCAAAAACAGACUCACGGGUUCUAUCCCCCGUUCCUUUGGAAAUUUGACAAAGCUCACUACAUUGUAUCUCUAUGGUAAUCAAUUCUCUGGACAUGCUCCUCGAGAACUAGGUUCCCUUGUGAAUUUGCAAGUGUUGUCGCUUCACAACAACCAAUUAACCGGUUCCAUCCCCAACACCUUUGGAAAUAUGACCAAUCUCACUACCUUGUACUUACAUGAUAACCAAUUCUCCGGGCAUAUUCCACAAGAACUAGGUUCCCUUGUGAAUUUGAAAGGCUUGGCACUUGAACGAAACAAACUCACGGGUUCCAUCCCCAACACCUUCGGAAAUUUGACCAAGCUCACUGCCUUGUACUUAUAUGAUAACCAAUUCUCUGGGCAUAUUCCUCAAGAACUAGGUUCCCUUGUGAAUUUGAAAGGCUUGGCACUUGAACGAAACAAACUCACGGGUUCCAUCCCCAACACCUUCGGAAAUUUGACCAAGCUCACUACCUUGUACUUAUAUGAUAACCAAUUCUCUGGGCAUAUUCCUCAAGAACUAGGUUCCCUAGUAAAUCUUGAAUUGUUUGAUCUUAGCAACAACACAAUCUCGGGUUCCAUCCCCAAUACCGUUGGAAAUUUGACCAAGCUCACUACCUUGUACCUCGAUGACAAUAAGUUCUUCGGACAUGUACCACAAGAAAUUGGCACCUUAAUGAAUCUCAAAUAUCUACAGCUUGAUGGUAACAACCUCUCUGGUCCCUUGCCACCCGAAUUGUGCGCUGGAGGCAUGAUAGAGAAGUUAACUGCAUAUGACAACAAUCUCAACGGACCUCUACCAUCAAGUUUGAUAAACUGUAGUAGCCUAGUUAGAGUUCGUAUUGAAAGGAACCAAAUAGAAGGAGAUAUUUCUGAGAUGGGGGUUUACCCAAAUUUGGUCUACAUAGAUAUGAGCUCAAAUAAUUUGUCUGGCCAGUUAUCUUAUCAAUGGGGACGAUGCCAAAACCUCACGAUGCUACGCAUCUCAAACAACAACCUUACGGGGAAAAUACCCGCAAGUAUGGGGCAGCUACCUCGACUAGGGAUACUUGAUCUUUCAUCAAACAAGCUUGAAGGAGAGCUACCAAGUGCACUGGGCAAUCUAAGAAAUUUGUUCAACCUAAGCCUCGCGGAUAAUUUGCUCCAUGGAAGCAUUCCACAGGAAAUUGGAAAAAUGACGAGUCUGGAGUUGCUAGAUUUGUCAUCAAAUAACCUAAAUGGUUCAAUACAAGACUCAAUUGAGCAUUGUUUGAAGCUACGCCUUUUGAAGUUGACUCACAAUAACUUCAAAGGAAACAUCCCUUUCGAGCUAGGGUUAUUGAUCAACUUACAAGACCUAUUGGAUUUAAGUGGUAAUUCAUUUACUGGAGAAAUACCAAGCCAACUUAGUGGUCUUGUCAUGCUAGAUACUCUAAAUCUUUCACACAAUGAACUUAAUGGAUCCAUCCCGUCAUCAUUUCAGAGUAUGAAAAGCUUGACAUUCAUUGAUGUAUCUUACAAUGAAUUGGAAGGGCCAGUCCCAGAGAGUAAGCUCUUCCAAGAAGCUCAAAUCCAGUCAUUCAUGCAUAAUAAGAUGCUAUGUGGUGUGGUGAAAGGAUUGCCCCCUUGUAGUAGUUCAACUCAAAGCAUAGGGAAAAGGAAAGGAUACAAAGUACUUGUAUUAACCAUCGUUCCUGCUAUGAUAUCUCUUGUGCUUGUUACGGUGAUAAUGAUGUUUUGGCAUGAAAGGAAGAAAACCAAGGCAACUAACAACGAUAAAGUAGUACAAGCAAAAUUCUUCUCUAUUUGGAGUUUUGACGGGGCAAACGUGUUCAAGCAAAUCGUUGAAGCAACCAACAAUUUUAGUGGGAUGCAUUGCAUAGGAACCGGGGGAUAUGGAUCUGUCUACAAAGCUAGACUUGCAACAUGCGAAAUAUUUGCAGUGAAGAAGAUGCACAAGAUAGAAGAUGAGUGUUGUGUGAAUGAGCAAGUGUUCCGUCGUGAAAUUGAGGCAUUGGUGCAGAUCCGUCAUCGAAACAUCGUAAGACUGUUUGGGUAUUGUUCUUCCAGCCAAGGAAGGUUCCUUAUGUAUGAAUACAUGGAAAGAGGAGACUUGGCAAAAACACUGAAGGUCAAUGAAAUGGCAAUUGAAUUGAACUGGAGUAGGCGGAUACAUAUUGUGUUGGAUGUAGUUCAUGCAUUGGCAUACAUGCAUCAUGAUUGUUCAUCACCAAUAGUCCACAGAGAUAUAACAAGCAACAACAUUUUGCUUGAUCCACACUUCAGAGCUUGUAUCUCUGACUUUGGCACGGCCAAAAUUCUCGAUAUCAGUGGCCAGAAUCUCACAAGGCUUGCAGGAACGAAAGGCUACCUUGCCCCAGAGCUGGCAUAUACAGAAAAUGUAACCGAGAAAUGUGAUGUAUACAGCUUCGGAGUGCUUGUUUUGGAGCUAUUUAUGGGAUCUCAUCCAGGCGAUUUGCUCUCGUCGCUCUCCUCUGCCACCAAGAAUAAUGUUGUGUGCCUACAAGAUUUGCUGGAUUCCAGGCUCGUGGUCCCGGAUGCUGAAACCGCUAGAGAAAUAUACUACAUAAUCAGCGUUGCAGUUCAAUGCCUGGAGCCGAGUCCAUCACACAGGCCAACGGCACGACGCGCCAGCGACGAGCUAUCUGCGACUAAAGCUGGAGAAGAUCAGGUUGAUUAUUUGCAGGCUGGCAUCACUUUUUCUGCACUGUAGUGCCUAUGGCUAUGAGGAUGAAAUCGUACCGUGCAGCUUCUUCUCUACUACUACCUACCUAGCUGCUUGGUCAAAAAUUGUUGUUUUCUCUGUACGUAACUGAUAAGAAAUGUAACAUCUGAUGGUGUAUAUGGAGCUAGCAAAACUGUACUACUGUAGUAUAUAUCAUUAUUAUAAACAA